AUGUCCAACGACAAGAACAACAACACCAAGCCUAUCGACUUUGACGAUAUCCCACGCGAGCGAGCCAACGAGCCACGACCUGACUUCUCAAAACCUCUGCCUCGUAAGAGACUUCCUGCCGCUCUACAAGACACUUUGGACAAUGAAGAGAAGCUAUGGGAGACUAUGUACGAGGGUCACGCUCAAGAAUCGACCGAGAGCUCUGUCCGUUACGCUGGUUAUGCCUCAAGAGUCCGUACCAUCUUGAUGUCGGCCCACCGUUACGUAGCAUACACCAGUGAUAUUGGCGAGAGCUUCAGACCCAUUGCCCACCCUUACCUAGUCAAGGGUGCGUACGGUAUCUCGUGGGCUUAUCUGAUCGGUGAUGUCUCGCACGAGGGCUACAAGGCCUACAUCCGCAACCAGCAUGUCCGCAACCCCGACGUUUCUACCGAGAACACACCUGCCGCAGCUACUUCUGGCAGUGUAACNUCAACUCACCCCGGCAAGAUUCCUCUCAUCGAGGACUAUAGAACAGUCAUGGCGCAAAGAGCAAUCUUCCAAGGUAUUGCCAGUAUGGGUCUGCCUGCCUUCACUAUCCACUCGAUCGUGAAAUACGCUGGUAAAGCUCUGAAGAAUAACAAGAACGUCAAGCUUCGAACGUGGGGUCCCAUCGGUCCUGUCGAACAUGCUGUCGAGUGGGUCUUCCACAAGGCCUUCUCGACCGUCGGUGGGGAUGCCGCUGUCCACGGUCGCCCUGAAACAGGCAGAUCCGACCUUCUCCAAAUCGAGUCCAAAGCUGGCGCCGUCAAGGAAAAGGAGCUAUAA